AUGGCCCCCAAAAUCGGCGUCUUCCCCGCCUCCGGCAGUCUCGCAACUUCCAUCAUAAACCACCUCCUCCGCCUCGUCCCCGCCAGCGAACUCCUCCUCAUCGCUCGCUACCCCGACAAAUUCGCCCACCUGAGUCGUGACGGCGCAACGAUCCGCUACGCUGACUAUGAUGAGCCCGAGUCGUUGAAGAAGGUGUUUGAUGGGGUGGGUGUGUUGAUGCUGGUUUCGUAUGCGUCGUUUGAGAUUGAGCAUCGUGUUGAGGCACAUAAAAGAGCGGUUGAUAGUGCAGUCCGCAGCAACGUCCAACAAAUCUUCUACUCCUCGCUCGCCUUCGGCGGCGACUUAUCCACAACCUCCGUCGCGCACGUAAUGGGCGCCCACCUCGCAACCGAAGAGUACCUCGCCAACCUCAACCCAGGCUACUUCUUCAACUAUACCGCCAUCCGCGAGGGCAUAUACUCCGAGUCCUUCCCGAUCUACACAGCCUGGUUCGACCCGUCCGACCCUGCCUCACCACCAAACAACGAGAUCACAAUCCCGCACGACGGGUCCGGUCCGGGUGUGGCCUGGGCGAAACGUGAUGAAUUGGGCGAGGCGACUGCGAAGAUGAUCAUCUCGUAUGUGAAGAACCCUGAGGGAUUCCCGUAUGUGAAUCGGGUGGUGCUGCUUAGUGGGCCGCGGGAGGUGAGUUUGAAGGAGACGGUUGAGGUGUUGGGACGGGCUACUGGGAAGGACUUGAGGAUUAGGGAGAUUUCGGUGGAGGACUAUGCAGCAUUGCCGCAGAUUAGGGAUAGGCAUAUGUAUCAUGGGAGGGAUUUGGCGGUGGAGUGGGCGAGUGCUUGGGAGGGGAUUCGAAGGGGGGAGACGGCUGUUACGACGGCGGUGUUGGAGAAGUGGUUGGAUAGGGAGCCGGAGGAGUAUGAGUCUACUAUUGAGAAGUUUAUUAGGGGUCAGUAG